GUCCACAGACGCAGCUGUGAAGGAGGCGGGGCUUCCGUGACGUAGCAGGAAGUGCUUGACACGCGUGCUGCUGCUGCUGUGAGAGUUUAACGCGAAGGUCAUCAUCAUCAUCAUCAUCAUCCAUAAAGGCCUCCUACCUGUCUGCUGUGAUCAGGUGUGCAGAUGAUGAUGUCAUCAGCCGACGACCAGCUGUGUCUGAACAUCUGCAGCAACUCUUCCUCCUCCUCUUCCUCCAGGAGGAAGCCUCUGACUGCUCAGCAGAGAUGGGCCAGAAAGAAACAGACGGCAGAGAAGAGGAGGAUCGACUCCUCGGAGGAGGAGAAGAAGAAGAAGAGAGGCUCCUCCAAUCAGAGGCUGGAUGACUCAGAGGAGGAGGAGCAGGAGGAGGAGCAGGAGGACACUCAGCCUGAUGAUGACGACCACAGGACACCACCGAAGAAGAAGAAGAAGAAGGACACAGGGAAGGACGCAGUGAAGGAAACGAGGAGCAUCCAGACUUCCUCUCUGUUCAAACACAACCCAGAAAUCCUAGAGAUACUCAGACCAGUUGUCUCCCAGUUAAAGGAGAAGAUUUUCACCAGUGACUCAUUUUCAGACAUGGACCUUCAUCCACACCUG